UCACUCAGCUCUCAUGAUGGUUAUCGAUGCAUUUAUUCCUCUCCUGAUGAAGCAGGCUGCAUUUCUUUAACAGCUUAAAUUCUCAUUUCUUUCUAAAUGCACCAUGGAUCAGUUUCGUGGUUUAUUUGCUAAACUGGAUGAAAAUAACGAUGGAUUCAUUUCAGUGUCGGAGCUCCACAAUGAAAUGAGGAAACAUGGGAUCCUCUCAGCGGAUGGAAAGGUCCAGAAUAUCAUUGACUCCUAUGACAAAGACAAAGAUGGCCUGUUGGAUUAUACAGAGUUCCUCAGCUACAUGAUGGACAGAGAAAGGAAAUGGAAAAUAUACUUUCAUGACCUUGACAGGAACAAAUGUGGAGUGAUUGACCAGGACGACAUCAUAUGUUUGUUUAAGGAGUUAGGAGUGGUCAUAUCAAAGCCGAAUGCAAAAAAAAUAAUUCAAAUGAUGGAUAAGGACAGCUCGAUGACGGUGGACUGGGGGGAAUUCCUGCAUCAUGUCAUCCUGAAUCCAGUGGACAACAUCAGGGAGCUGGUGUCCUCGUGGAAACACAAUCUGGUUUUCGAUGUGGGUGAGAGCCGAGCGAUGCCCAUCGAGUUCCCUGAGGAGGCGUCAGGUUUUGGUGCGUGGAGGACGUUUGUUCUGGCAGCAGGACUGGCAGAUGCUGUUUCCCGAACUGUGACGGCCCCCAUCGACCGCCUCAAGACUCAACUCCAGGUUCAUGGAUCCACCUUCUCUCAAGGCUUCCAGGAGAUGAGAGCAGGUGGUCUGCGGUCGAUGUGGCAAGGCAACGCCGUCAACAUGCUGAAAGGAACACCACAGUCAACUCUGCAGUGUCUCAUCUACGCCCAGAUGAAGGCGUCCACCCAAAAGGAGACUCUGACGGUGCAGCAGCGUUUCGGCUUGGGCUGUGUGUCCGGUGCUGUCGCUCAUGCCGCCUUCUAUCCUCGACAGGUGCUGAAGGUGAGGUUGAACCUGCAGCAAGCUGGUAACUACCACGGUGUUGUGGCAUGCGCCCGAUCUAUUUACAGACACGAGUCUCUGUCGUCCUUUUACAGAGGAUUCAAGCCGAGCAUCCUCUGCAUGAUCCCGUACGCAGGUGUGGAGUGUGCAGUUCAUCAGUCAAUCAUGACCUGGGCAAAGAGCGAUCCAGCCUACAACAGUGAAAACAAACUGUUUUUCUUCAGUUUUGUGGCCUUUGCGUCUGGACAGGUGACCAGUUACCCGCUGGCAGUGAUCCGCACUCAGCAGCAAGCACAAGCUUUCAGCUCAGAUUCACGUCCGGCUUCAGGUGUACUACAAGGACUCAGAGGGAUAUAUGAAACAUGUGGAAUAAGAGGAUAUUAUAAUGGAAUGGGAGCCAGCUUCGUCAGGGCUAUUCCGUGUGCUCUGAUAAACUACACUUUGACUAGAAAGUUUGAAAAUCUGGUUUCCUGA